UACUCCCUUCUUUUUAACAUCUCACGAGACCGCGUCUUCCUAACUUCUCUCUUUUCUGGCAACUAGCUUUGCUUUUCCCGUUGCUGCCUUCCAUGCCUCUGCCAGGGCUAAACACUUCCUAGAGAAGGUCAGAGGACUGGGCGGCUUCAGCACCCAAACUCGAGGGAGUGGAGCAGGAAACGCCGCUCCCCCUGAACGCAAGCAGCUCCCUGACGCCCGCAGCCCGCAGCCCGCAGCCCGCAGCCCGCAGCCCGCAGCCCGCAGCCCGCAGCCCGCACGCCUUCCCCGGCAGCGCUCCUGGCCAGUACCCGGACCCUCUCCCUCCCCACUCCCCGCCAGCGCUGUAGGGCUCGCAGCGCCCCGGGGCAUCUCGUGGGUGCCUGCCCAAGGACACCCUUAACACUGAGCCCAGCCCCGGCGGCGCGGAGGAGGAGUCAGCAGCUCCCGAGGCUCACGGUGGGCGCGGGUCGGCGGAGCCUGGAGCACCGGCCGGAUGCUGCAGCCGAGCUGCCUGUCCAGCAGCUGCGGGAGACCGGGGUCUAGCCAGCCCUCGGGAGCGCCGGGGGCCGGAAGGGGGUUCUGGAUUUCGAUCCCUCCCCUUUUCUCUCUGGGUCCUGGAGCGCUCCCGCUGUCAGACCCUCCUCCUGCCAGGUACAAGCCGGGAGAGGACACAUCUUUGCUCCCUACACCCCACCAUGGACAAUACCUCCAAUGACUCCCACUUCGAGGACUGCGGUACUCGAAAGUGGCUCCCUUCGGGCGAAAGCCCAGCCAUCAGCUCCGUGAUGUUCUCGGCCGGGGUACUGGGGAACCUCAUAGCGCUGGCGCUGCUGGCGCGCCGCUGGCUGGGGGAUGCGGGGCGCGGCGCCUGCCGCGGAAACUCCAUCUCCUUGUUCCACGUGCUGGUGACCGAGCUGGUGUUCACCGACCUGCUCGGGACCUGCCUCAUCAGCCCCGUGGUGCUGGCUUCGUACGCGCGGAACCAGACCCUGGUGGCACUGGCACCAGAGAGCCGUGUGUGCACCUACUUCGCCUUUGCCAUGACCUUCUUCAGCUUGGCCACGAUGCUCAUGCUCUUCGCCAUGGCCCUGGAGCGCUACCUAGCCAUCGGGCACCCCUACUUCUACCAGCGCCACGUCAAGUGCCGCAGCGGCCUGGCAGUGCUGCCCGCCAUCUACGCCGUCUCCCUGCUCUUUUGCUCUGUGCCGCUGUUGAACUCUGAGCAGUACGUCCAGUAUUGCCCUGGGACGUGGUGCUUCCUCAAGCACGGGCGCACCGCGUACCUGCAGCUUUACGCCACUCUGCUGCUGCUCCUCAUCGUGGCGGUGCUCGCUUGCAACUUCAGUGUCAUCGUCAACCUCAUCCGUAUGUACCGCAGGAGCAGGAGAAGCCGCUGCGGACCCUCCGUGGGCAGCGGGCGGGGAGGCCCUGCGACCCGCAGGAGAGGGGAAAGGGUGUCCAUGGCGGAGGAGACGGACCACCUCAUUCUCCUUGCUAUUAUGACCAUCACCUUCGCCGUCUGUUCCUUGCCUUUCACAAUUUUUGCAUAUAUGAAUGAAAAGUCUUCCCGAAAAGAAAAGUGGGACCUCCAAGCGCUUAGAUUUUUAUCAAUUAAUUCAAUAAUCGACCCUUGGGUCUUUGCCAUCCUGAGGCCCUCUGUUUUGAGACUAAUGCGUUCAGUCCUCUGUUGUCGGAUUUCGUUAAGAGCACAAGAUGCAACAGAAACUUCCUGUUCUACACGGUCAAAUGCCAGUAAAUAGACUGACCUUUGUGGACAAUAGCUAAGAAGUGCUUAGUUAGCUAGCAUCUGGAAGAUCGUUUUGAAAGGCUUCCUUGGAGAAAUGAAAAAAGUUAGUUUAUAAACAAACUGAAGCUACCCUAAUAAAACAGAGUAAGUAAACCAACAUUUUAGCAGUGGUUUAGGCUACAGAUGUGCUGACAAGGCACUUCCUGGAAGGUGUCAGAAGGAGCUAUAAAAGCUACCCCUCCAACAUGCUGCGUGGCCUUUAGAGGAACACCCAACGGCAUUAAAGAUCUAGUUGCCUUUUGAUUUAAGCUUUCCUGCUGAAUGAGAAAGCAUGUGGUUUUGUAAUUUGUUUAAAAUCUGAAAUAGUUACUGUGUGUUUUCUAUUUUAAUCUUUUGUGUUACUGAUGUUAUAAACACACGGUGUACAGUCAGACCAGACAAAACUUCAUAUGUAUUCUCUAGGAAGUCAAGAUGUUGAAGCAACCAAGCCUCGUGUUCCGUGAUUGCUUCACAGACCCUUUCUUUGGACAGUAGGUUUGAAAAUCACAGGCACUUUGCACUGUAAUGUUUGUGUAUGUGGGAGUACUCUCUCAUGGCUACAGUAUUACUCAUAGAAGGGUAGGCUCAGCUUUUUCACUAGUCCUCUGGAAGCUGUGUCUCAAAGUGUCAGAUUAUUUAUUUUAUAAUGCCUAUUAUGCUACUACUAAUCAAGAAAACUUUUAAGAAUUUUCCUCUCAACAAGAAAUAAUAGGCUAUUAAGAGAGUUAAUUCUAAUUAGUACUCUUCAUUCUGUUUCCAAUGGAGGUAUAUAUAUGGCUGUCUGAAGCCAGGUAUUAGGGUUAAAAACUGAAAAACCUAGUUAAUUCUUCAGAUACACUGGAACCACUUUAAUGCUGAUGUUGUGGCCAUAACUAACAUCUACUUUAUAAGAGGAUUGUGUUGUAGCAAAACUCAUCUGCCUAUAUUUUUAUCCAGGAAGCACGGGUUGACUAAUACUAUAUAGGAAAUCAUGUAACAAUGAGUCAUAUCUUUAUAUAUUUCUAAAUCAAAAUGCUUGACAUGGUGUAAACUCAGCAUCAAAAUAUUUCAGUGAGUUUGCACUGUGUAAUCUUAUCCUAGUUACUGUGUAAACUCAUCUGAAAUGUUAUAAAAAUAAACUAUGAAACAAAAAUUUGAAAAUGGAAUAGUACUUAAUGAAUCCCCCAAAUAACAUCUUAUAGUUAGUGUAGAUAUAAUGUUUUUUCAAUAAUAUAUAAUUAGAAAAAGUAACUUGGCAGGUUUUUAAAUUAUGGUUGCAUAGCAAAUUAGAGUGUAAAAUACUUGGUACUACAGGAUUCUUUUCUUCCCAAUGUGAUCUUUAAAACAGUAGAACCACCUUAUUUUUUUUUCAGUGAGUAUUAUUACAGGAUAGCCAUUAUAUAAAAAAAAGGGGGAUGUUUGUUUUUUCCAGUCUCAUUGAGUUGCUUACGUAAAACCAUUUCUUAUAAGUAGUUAUCAAACUAGAUGAUCACUAAGAGUUUUUCCAAACCAUUCUAGGCAUCAGUGUGUUUUGACACAAUCUAUGUCCAAUCAGCUCUUAUUUUAAAAAGAAUAAAUAAAUGAUUUGCUUUUCUACCAAUUUAAACAAACCAGGCAAAAUUUAACUUAACUAAGAUCUGGACAUGUAAGUAAAUUUUCUCUGUCUAAAGUUAAGAAAUUGUUCUAAAUGGAACUAAUUAAGCUUGUGGGUGAUUUGUAUACAAACAUUGUGAGGUUACUUUGAAUGUGGAAGAUUGAUUUUUUUAUCACAUGACUUUUUUCCUCCAAAUGAAACUGUUAUUUAUAAUCCUUCACCCCACCUCACCACCCUCCAAAAAUCUGGAAUAAUAUCUGAGAACUUAAAAUAGCAUACUUGUGAGUUUGCUAUUUUAGUGAGAACAAAAUAUAACAGUUUAAUCCAUUUAUUAAGGAACUGGUAGCUCUCUAGAGCUUUGUUUCUUAGUUUAUUCCUGUUUCUUGCACUGUGUUAAAUGACUAUUUUGUUUGCACUGAUAUAUACAUAGAAGGAACUGAAAAUAAAAAUCCUAUGUAAGAUUCAAUCACCUACUAUGAAUGGUGAUUUGAAGGUAACAGAAAAAAAUUACUAGGAUUGGAUAAUGUGACUAUUUUCUUUAAUCCCAUCUCAUCACAUACUUGUUUAAGUUCACUGGGAAUUUUCAGUUAAAGAAGAAAACACAGAACUCUGCCUGCUAUAUUGUGAUGAAAGAAGACCUAGAUUUUAUUCUUUGCCCCUGACAGUCAGUGGAAUGAAAACGGAUAAAGAAACUAUCACAGAUAUUCACCUCAAAAUGCCAGCCCUAACUUUAGGUGUCCAGAAAUGGGCAUAAGCAGUCUGUUCUGAGCCAAAUUAUUCCUGGAUGGUUCACUGUGGCCCCAGAUCAUCUUUCCGAGAAAGAACUGGGAAAUUCUGGUACUAAAUUAUGGCCUCAACUCUGCAAAGAUCCUAUAGGGACCUGAGUUUGCUUAGAAGCUAUAGAAAGCCUCUCCAGAACACACCAAUCUCAAAGUGGUUUGAACCCACAAUAACCAAGAGCCAGACCAAAACUCUAGAAACAGCACCAAUGCCAAAUCACUGAGCUGGCAGAGGCCACAAGUAGAAUUUGAUCACUUAGUCAGGCUAAGACAAUUGGUUCAAACUUAAGCAGAAGGUUAUUUAUUUCACUUAGCCAAAUAGUUUAAGCCAAUCUAAUGGUUUUCUGAAUUUGAGAAGAAUCCCUACUUGAGCUGUUCACAGAUAGAGAAGCAAUCUCAUCUGCAAAUGACUGAUCUGUAUAUGUGGACUUAAAAUGCCUCCUAUAUACAGGUGGUGUUGCAGCUUGAAUAUUUGAUGACUUUAUUCUGCCUUCAUCAAACACUUAACUCCACUGGAUUUCCUUUCUGAGUGCACAUUUAUAACAUACCUCCAAUCACUAACAGCAUUAUAAUUGAUUUUUUAAAAAAUUUACAAAGCAUUUUGAUCACCUGAAAUGAAAUACACUAUAGAAAUAAAUAUUAUUUUAGCAAUUCCCAAAAGCCAUAGUCUAAUUUAUACAUGAGACCAAGGCCAUGUAUUGGGCAUUAAUUUUUAUUUCAGAAAGCUACUCUUUUUUUUUUCUGGUAGAUUGUGUGACUUUUUUAUUAUAAAUGAAUUUUCUUGAAUUAUAUUUUUUUAUUUACUGUAAAAUGUAUGUACUAUUAAAGGUCAGUU